GCAUCGUUCUAGUAUCUUUUAUAGGCUUAUGCAAAAGAGUCUUAUGUCUUAAAAGGUCCGACAAUAAAGAAAAAGCAAUAGUUUUUUAAAUGAAACCAUCUUCAUCCAUCGCAAUGGAAGUAAAUGGUCUUGCUGAUGCAAACAACGUGCAACUUCAUGAAGAAAUUUUUACACCGAAAAUUCCUACUUUUAAUCAACGCCUACAUUAUUAUCAUCCUUCAGAGACCAUUAAUAAUUACAGCAGCUCUACUCAUCGUAAAGGUAGCGGAAAGAAAAAUAUGGCCUUAACGGCUUUAACACUGCUGUCAUUUCUUUUCUUCCUCCACAUGUUACAAAGUUGUAUUCAAGAACAUACUGAAAUGAUGAAUCCGCAAGUAGUUAUUAUGCAGUCGCGGCUAGCAGAUGAAGCAAAAGUAUCGGAAGUUAAGACAAAGGAGAAUCCUCAAAAGAAGGUUCUACAAGAAAAUCAGAAUUUUGUUGAAAAUAUGAAGCAUUUACAUAUAAGAAAAAAAUAAAA